GAGUUAAGUAAAUGAACUGUUAAUGACUGCCGAGUUACUGUUAUAAAGGCUAAAAAACGUCAUGUCAAUUGUCACAAGUAAAAAUAUAUGUUUAUAAAACUCAUGUUGUGAAAAAUAAUUUAAAAAACUUGAACGAUGGAAGUGAUGUGCAAUAAUUAUAUACCAGGUGAUUCGAGAUUAAUUGAAAAAUUAGUGUCGGAACUUAAAUCUCAAGGUAUAUUUGAUCAGUUUCGCAAAGAAUGUAUCUCCGACGUAGAUACGAAACCUGCAUACCAAAAUUUGAAGCAGAGAGUAGAAGGAAGUGUUAAUACGUUUUUAAAACAACAAACGUGGAGUAUUGAUUUAAAUAAAAAUCAACUUCGUGAACAAUUACGUAAAAAUCUAUUGGAAUCUGGUUAUUUGGAAACUGGUGUAGAGAGAAUUGUCGAUCAAGUUGUUAAUCCAAAAAUUAAUACAGUAUUUUUACCAAAAGUUGAAGAAAUAGUUUACAGAUUUCUGGGGGUGGAUAAACCAGUUCGAAAUGUUAAGAAAGAAGUUAAUGUGAGCAUAACUGAUUUACUACCCACCGAUCUUGAGGCGGUAUCUCCGGAAUCUGUACAUAGUUUCAAAAAUGAAUCAAAGAAAGAAGAUAAAUUAAAUUCUUUAUCAUCUAGUAUUAAACUUGAAGAAGAUGAAAGUCCACCGUUUGAACCUCUAAAUGAAAAUGAAGAAAAUAAUACUGCUAACGAUGAUAAGAUGAUUGUUGAUGAAAAUACAAGAGACUCGCAUUUAUCUGGGUUUUCAGGUCUGGAAAGUCACGGAUCAAAUCCUGCUAAUAAGUGUUAUCAAAUGGAGUUGGAAUACCAAAACAGUUUAGAGAGUCAUUUAUCCAUUUUCACUUCAGGGGAAACAUCUAAAAUGGAAGUUUGUGAGGAUUCUAUAAUCGAUGCUAACGUAGAAAAAUCAGAAGUUAAUGAAACUUACUAUAACUUAACAACUGAUAGCAUUGAAAACACAAAUGAAAAGGAUACCGAAAAGAAAUACGUUAAAGGAGAAGAAAAGGGAUCGAAGAGUACUGAAAAGUCUUCUAAAGAGAAAAAGGAUGAUAAACAUAGGAAAAGUAGUAGCUCGAAUAAAGAUAAAGAAAAAAGUUCAAAGUCAUCUCAGUCUAAAUACAAGGAAUAUAAAGAAAAGGAUAAGAAGAAUUUGAAAAGUGGCAGUUCUAAAGAUAGAGAUAACAAUAGAGAAAAAGUCGAUAAAGAUAAAGAAAAAUCUGAUAAAGAAAAGUCUUCGAAGAAACCGGACAAGGAAAAAUAUAAAAGCGACAAAGAAAAAGACAAAGUAAAAUGUGACAAAAGUAAAACAGAAAAAGAAACAGUAAAUAAAAUGGAAAAAGAAAAAGUUGAUAAAGAAAGAUCGAGAGAAAGAUCCGAUAAAAGAACUAAAUCAGAUAAUGAUAAAAACAAACAUGAUAAAGAUAAAUCUAUUAGAGAUAAAGAUAAGAAUACAAAGGAUAAUAAAUAUAAAGAAAAAUCUAAAAUAAAGGAAAAAUCAGAGAAAAGCUCAAAAGAUAGAUCCUCAAGAGACAAACCAAGUUCGAGUAAAGAGUCAAAAGAAAAGGAUUAUAAUAAAGAAUAUAAGGAUAAAAAUAAAGAAGAAAAAAAUAAAAGUUCGAGUAGUAGCUCAAAACAUAGUUCAAGUAAAGAGAAAGACAAAAAGCCAAAAACUGACUCUAAUUCUCAAAGUACAUCAAAAUCUUCUAGUGAUUCUAAAUCUAAAAUAAACACUGAUAAAACAAAAAAAGAGGAAACAAGUGAUAAACACGGAAAUAACAAGAAAGAAACACAAAAAGACACAAGAAAGAAAUCGAAAGAUGAUCAUUACAGUUCGAAAUUGAAUAAAUCAGAUAGGAGAUCGACAGAUAGAGAUUCCAACGAUGGUAAAUCAUCAAGUAAAAAUAAUUUUACUACAUAUUCGGAAUCUUCUAGAUCAGAAAAUAAUUCUCAAGAUUGUACCAGUUCAAGUUUCACUGGUGGUUCCGGAGAUUCAAGUAAUUCAGAUAAAGUAGAAGGAAAUAGAGAAGAAAUCAUCACUGAAACCCCGAAAGUGAAAUAUAUCAAACCUAAAUUUGCUUUAAAUUUUGAAGAAGCCAGGAAGAUAAUGAAAAUAAGAAAACAACUAGCGAUAUUGGAGAAACAAAAUAAAUUGAGCUUGGCGAAAAUAGAGCUGCCGUUUGAGAAGAUUAAAGCGGUAAAUGAUAACGAAAAAGUUGAUAUAAGUGAAGAAAAAGAAAAUAUUAACGGUUCUAAAUUAGAUAGUGGUGGUACUUCGUUAGUUUCGUCUAUUGAAGGUACUAAUUUGAGUAAAGAAAAUUGGGAAGCCCUGGAAGCCAAAUUGGAACAAGUGAUGGCUUUUGUUAAUAGUAACUCUUACGAUUCAGAUGAAGAUUUCGAAUUUCGCGGUUACAGUUCGGUGGAUAACAUCCCUAAACAUUUGAUCGAUUUAAGUGCGAAUCUAGUGAAGAAAACUGAGAAGGAAAUGAUGAAUAAACAAAUAGCACAUGAUAAAAGUGAAUCCGAUCGAAUACAAUUUUCUGUAGUUUUCAACAGUCUAAAUGAAAACGAUUGUUAUUAUUUAGAAAAACCAACUCAGCAAGAAGAAAAUAAUUUAAAAUUUAUUCGUGAGAUAGCUAGGAAUCUCGAGAAGGAAAUCGGUUACAGUUUUCGAGAUUAUAGUGGAAAAAUUUUGAGAAAAACAGGAAUGAAGAGGAAGUUUGAAGAAAUCGAUGCGAAGAACAAUAAUAAAACUGAUUAUACGAAAACAGAGAAAAAAAGGAGAAUAUCUGCCAGUUCCCAAUCAGUUGUUCGAGUGGCAAAUAAAAAAAACAGUACAGAUGUAACUCCUACUGAAGUUUUUCCACUUCCUCUAAGUCCCGCAGAAAGUGAUAAAUCAAAUGAGAGGAAAGACGAAGAUCUUUUGAUUCCUAUGAAACAGAAAAGGAUCGUACGAGGAUAUUCUCAACGGUAUUCCAGUGAUGAUUUAUACAAACCUCGACCGACAGUUGGAAGGAAUAAUUUCACAAGAAGAAAUAUUUGAAAUUUUGUAUCUAUUACUUCAAAAGUAAUAAUCGUAAGUUUUACAAAAAGUUUUUAAAUAUAUUUUUGUAUCUAUUUAAUUGAAUAAUCAGUUUUGGAUUACUGCGUA